AACAGCAUGUCUUCCUAUCGUGUGAGCACCGCCUCUUCCAGGAGGAGCUUCGGGGGAGCCUCCAUCUCCCCUAUCAUCGGCUCCCGGCUGGCCAGCUCGCCUGCAGCUUUCCUGAGGACCAGCACCGGCUCCUACCGGCCCCGGUCCAGCACCCCAGCCGCCAGGAGGUACCUGGACAGGGCGGACUUCUCAGUCGCCGAUGCCCUCAACCAGGAGUUCCUGGCCACUCGGACCAACGAGAAGGUGGAGCUGCAGGAACUGAACGACCGCUUCGCCAAUUUCAUCGACAAAGUGAGGGGCUUGGAGCAGCAGAACGCGGUGCUCCUGGCUGAGCUGAGGCAGCUCCGAGCGAAGGAGCCGAGCCGAGCCGGGGAGGUCUAUUUGCAGGAGAUCAGGGAGCUGAAGAGACAGCUGGAGCUGGUAGUCAAGGACAAGGACCGAAUCCAGGUGGAGAAAGACAACUUGCUGGAUGAUCUCCAGAGCUGCAGACAACGGUUGGAAGAGGAAGCUCAGAAGAGGGAGGAUGCUGAGAGUAAUCUGUUACUGUUCAGGAAGGAUGUGGAUGAUGCGACUUUGACUCGGCUGGAACUGGAGAGAAAGGUAGAAUCUCUGCUAGAUGAGAUCGAGUUUCUCAAGAAGAUACACAAUGAGGAGCUGAGGGACCUGCAGGCAAACAUGCAGGCUUCACAGCUACAGCUCGAGAUGGAAGUGGUAAAGCCUGACCUGACUGCAGCUCUGAAAGAGAUCCGCACCCAGUACGAAACCAUUGCCACCAAGAACGUGCAGGAAGCUGAAGAGUGGUACAAGUCUAAGUUCACUGACCUGACCGAAGCCGCCAACCGACACAAUGAAACCCUGAGGCAGACAAAGCAGGACCUGAAUGAGUCGCGGCGUCAAAUCCAGACCCUGACCUGUGACCUGGAUGCCCUGAGAGGAACCAAUGACUCCCUGCUGAGGCAGCUCCAAGAAUUGGAGGAGCAGUUCUCCGUUGAAGCGUCUGGUUACCAGGAUACCAUUGCCCGGCUGGAGCAAGAGAUUCAUCACAUGAAGGAUGAGAUGGCGAGACACCUGAGAGAGUACCAGGACCUGCUCAAUGUCAAGAUGGCACUGGAUAUCGAAAUCGCCACCUACAGGAAACUUCUGGAAGGGGAAGAGAGCAGGAUUGCAGUCCCAGUUCAAUCCUUUACUUCCCUGAGCCUCAGAGAUUACGAUCUCAGUUCGGAGAUUCUGAGCAGGAAGACCGUGUUAAUCAAAACCAUUGAGACACGGGACGGAGAGGUCAUAAAUGAAUCCAGGAAGGAGCGACAGAACGAGCAGGAGCAUUGAAUCCGGGGCAGCCUGGAGACGGUUUGCAUUUGGAAGCGGAAGAGAGUUCUGAUUUUCCGUUUGCCCGAAGUUUUCCAUUUCCCACUCCCUUUCUGUUCAGAGGUCGAAAGUUCCAAAUCAGUUCCUUGUCCUGUAACCCCAGGAGUCGCACUCAAUUGCAGCGAGCGAAUCGAACGCCUGAUACGCUCUCUUUCAAUUCAAACACUGCCUCAUUUCCUUAUUCAAACCCUGGUUGGAUAUAACUCACCGGGGCUGGUAUCCUGUCACUGAGUCACCCUUUAUUUACAUAGAGUCCCUGACACUGAUCCAGCUCCCUCCGAGCCAGCUCUGAGUGAACAGAACCUCUGACCCUCCUGUUUCUAUCUGUCAGCCAGGGCUCCCUGAUUGAACCAGGUUAACAACCCCAAUCAGGGAACUCAGAUUCUAUGAGGGCCACUGGACUGGCCUCGUUCUGAUUCCGACACGUUUGACAAUGACCGUAUGUUCCUCCCCUCGCCUCUGAUGGGCUGCUCAGUUUGCACCUUCCACAGAAUGGACAGAGGGCAGGAGGCCAAUCAGCCCCCACCCCUCCUGCCUGGGCCUGUUUCCGUUCUCCAAUUAGAUCACGGCUGGUCUCCAUCGCAGCUCCUGUGCUUUGCCAUCAUCCUGUCAACUUUAUCAAACUUGGAAUGCCAGGGGCUGGCGAGAACGGGAACUCCACUGGAAUGGACAUGAUCUUGCUGAUCCAGGCUCGAGGGGCUGAAUGGCCUCUUCCUCACUAGCCCUGAGCUGAGCCCACCUCCGAUCCAGGCAUCACGAUCACCUGAACAUCUGUGGUGCCUUCAGGAUGAACUUGUUUGUCGGACAAGUCACUUAGGAGGUUUGCCUGGGGGAACUUACUGCUGUUUUAGGGGAGAUGGUGGAACUUUUCAAAUAAAGGAGAGUGUUGUUGAGCCACUGAAACAGCACUGAGAGGGAUUUCAGUCAAGUCUGAGUUUGCUGGAACUAUGUAGCCUAGGUAGGUUAGCCAUGGGCAAUGCGGGGUUACAGGGAUGGAGAAGGUGAGAUGCUCUCCGAAGGGUCAGUGAGGGACUUAAUGGGCCGAAUGGUCUGUUUCCACACUGUGGGAUUUCCAACCUGACUUCGGUGCCAUCCUGACAAGAGUGUGUGACCCUCCAAACCUUCCCUAUUCAUGAUCUUAUCUCAGUGUCUUUUGAUUGUUCCCACAUCCACCACUUCCUCAGGAAGUUUAAUCCAUACACAAACUCCACUCUGUGUGAAAACUUUACCUCAUGUCUUUUUAAAAUUUUUCUCCUCUCACCUUAACAAUGUGCUCCCUGGUCUUGAAAUCCCCCAUCCUAGGAAAGAGACAGCUACCAUGAACCCUAUCUAUACCCCUCAUUAUUUUAUAAACUUCUAUAAAGGUCACUUCUCAACCUCUGACGCUCCAGUGAAAAAUGUCCCAACCUAUCCAACUUUUCUUUAUAACUCAAACCUUCCAUACCCAGCAACAUCCUGAUAAAUCUCUUCUGAACCCUUUCCAACUUCCUAAUAUCCGGCUCUAUCUGGAAAAGAGCAGCAGGAGGAGGGUAAGUAAGGGAGAAGGUUUUCCCAUGCAGAGAUUCCAUACCCUGCACCCGCCCGAUGAUCCAAAACUUUAAUAGAUCUUGCUGGAAAAGCUCAGCAAGUCUGGCAGCCCCUGUG